AUGAAGACCAAGUGCUGUAGUCGAUCUGCGUUUUGCUCCAAGACCACCAUCUAUACCUUUCUGCUUGGCGGAGUGUUUAUUGCGCUGGGCUCGAGUCGAAUCCUCCUGAUGAAGUAUUCUGCCAAUGAAGAUAACAAAUACGAUUACCUUCCUACAACAGUGAACAUAUGUUCUGAAGUAGUAAAGCUGGUCCUGUGUGUGGUGCUGGCAGUAUGGGUUAAGAAAAAAGGUUGUUUGGAUCAUCCCUUUGAAUGUCUUUCCUGGAAGAAUUUUUGUAAUUCCAUGAAAUGGUCAAUUCCUGCCUUUCUUUACUUUUUGGAUAACUUGAUUGUCUUCUACGUACUGUCCUACCUCCAGCCAGCAAUGGCUGUACUCUUCUCAAAUUUUGUCAUUAUAACAACAGCCCUUCUCUUCAGGAUAGUGUUGAAGCGAAAACUCUCUUGGGUACAAUGGGCAUCUCUGGUGAUUUUAUUCCUGUCCAUCGUUGCCCUGACUCUAGGAAGUGGAGGCCAUCAGCAAAGCUUGGCUGCACACGGAUUCCAUCACAAUAUGUUUUUUAGUCCAUCUAACAACUGCCUUCUCUAUGCUGGACCCGAGGAAGCAUGCCUGGAAAAGGACAACUGCGUAGCACCAAGUUUCCUUCCGAGCUUUCAGUGGAAUGUCACUAGUACCAUGGCAGGAGCAUUGAAACCUCUUCGCCUCAGCCUGGGCCAUCUGCUUAUUCUAGUGCAGUGUUUCAUUUCUGCCCUGGCUAACAUCUACAAUGAAAAGAUCUUGAAAGAUGGGGAUCAGCUUGGUGAAAGUAUCUUCGUGCAGAACAGCAAGCUCUAUGCCUUUGGUGUGCUGUUCAAUGGGCUUAUGCUGGGGCUGCGGGCCAAGGACCGGAGGCAGAUAGAGAAUUGUGGCUUCUUUUAUGGCCACAACGUCUUCUCAGUGGCUCUCAUAUUUGUCACAGCUUUCCUGGGGCUGUCUGUAGCCUUCAUCUUGAAGUUCCGAGACAAUAUGUUCCAUGUUAUGACUGCUCAGAUCACCACUGUCAUCAUCACCACUGUCUCUUUCAUCAUCUUUGACUUCAGGCCUUCUCUAGAGUUCUUUUUGGAAGCUCCUGUAGUGCUGCUUUCCAUAUUCAUCUAUAAUGCCAGUAAACCAAGAGGCCUGGAAUAUGCCACUCUGCGGGAGAGGGGCAAACUUGUCAAAGGAGAUGCGUGGGAGAGGUCAAGUGGGGAUGGAGAAGAAUUUGAGAGAUUGAACAAACCAAGCAGUGACAUUGAUACAGAUGAAGAUUCCCUCUAGCAUGAGGCUGGCUCAAAAGAGUGCUAUUACUUACAGUGAGGGAAUG